GUUAACUAUCGAUCAACACAACCGUCAACCUAAAUGAAACUCGAAUCUGAACCCAUUAUCGCUUGUUACCCUUACCUAUCAGCCAUUGUGAGCUUAAAAAUCUAAACUCUCGUGCAAUAACAGAUAACUGAGAACGUUGAUAAAACCUCACAUACCUACUCACAAGCGAAGUCGGCGAUGACUGAUCGGUUUAUUGGCAAUACGCUUGUGUCGAAUCGACCUAUGUUGUGUUUAUCUGUGAACUAAGGAGGCGCAAACACACAAAAAAACCUUCGUGAUAAGCGACUGUCCGCGGAGUAAAUACUUCUUAAAAUAGGUACUAAUUCGGAUUUCAUAAUUACGAUUAGUGGUGAUUAGAGCACAGGGAAAACUAACAACAAAGGCUUAUCUGUACAACGGAAUUUGUGGUGUUUUGUUUCAUUAUCAAAUUUCCAACAAUUCACGAAAUCGAAUUCAUGCCACAUAAAGAGCCGCAAAGGAUGGAAAUGAAGCGAUAAGAUAAAAUAUGUAUUUUGUAAUAAGUCUGGUAAUAGGUCACAAAGGUCGUACUCGUACAAAAUAUCGUUUAAGACAUAACUGUGAAACAACGCAUAAUUCCAAGCAAAAUUGAAAAGAUAAUAAACCGCAGUGAAUCUAAAUUCAGAAAUUGUGUUUGAACGCAAUAAAAACAAUCAACUAACAUACUGUCUAGCCGAGUCUUAUAAAGCACCCUUUUGAGCCUUCGGUAGUGCUUUUGGUACCAAACAGGAACGUUCAUUUUUUAGCGUCUAUUCUCUACUCACCCAGUCGAUAUGAUAAGAGCGAGCGAAAUUUCGAUGACAGGCGCACAUCAAUACUGCCACUGACAGCCUUUGCAAGCCAGUAAGUUGCCAGCCACUCCACAAAGCAGAUCCAACCCCGGGCAGCAAUUGUUGGCCGAUCCGAUCUAGUGUACCUUCAUCGUCAACCGUUGCGUGCAUUCUCUUCAUGUGCAAUCUGCCGCGCGUGAAAAGCUAGCAGCAUGAGAAAAAUCGAGUGGGCUCCUCUGAAUGUGCCACUAAGGCGGCGCCUUGAGACGUUGAGCGCCUUCGGGGUUAUGUUUCUGUUUCUCUUUGGAGAAUUAUGGUUGUUGCUGUACUAUGUUUAUUUAUUGGUAUUCGGAGGCAUUUGGGCAAAAACUUUCUGUGUGAUUUACGGAAUUUUUAUAUACUUUGAUCGCAAAGCAGGAGUAAACUGUGGACGCGGACAAGGUGUAAAAUGGUUCCGCAACAUGUACUGGGUGCGACUCUUCCAGUCCUACUUCCCGGCUAAACUGCACAAAACAGUAGAUCUUCCAGCAGACCGAAACUACAUUUUCGCUGCUUUUCCUCACGGUGUUUUGGGCACUGGAUGCUUCCUCAGUUUCGCUACCGACACAACCGGUUUCUCUAGCCAGUUCCCGGGCAUACGUUCGCACGUGGUCACUCUCGAUUUCCAUCUGUUGGUUCCGUUUUUUCGUGAGCUCAUCCUUAGCUGGGGUGUCGCAUCCUGCUCCGAGCAAAGUAUCAACAACCUAGUUCAGGCUCCAAACGAUCCAAAAGAUCCACGAAACGCGGACGGAUACACCUCGAAUGCCGCAGUUAUUAUCGUCGGUGGUGCUGCGGAGUCUUUACAUUGUAGACCCAACAACUACCGGUUGGUAUUGAAAAAACGUCGAGGUUUCUGUCGGAUUGCACUGAAAACCGGCACACCAAUCGUCCCAGUCAUCAAUUUCGGAGAGUUAGAUAUCUACGACCAAGCUGACAACCCUCCCGGAUCGCGAGUUCGACGCUUUCAAGAGCAAUUCAAGGCGACCACCGGAAUCGCUCCGGUCGCAUUUGUUGGGCGUGGUUUUUUCCAGUAUAGCUUCGGAAUGAUACCACGGCGAAAACCAAUCAAUACAGUUAUUGGUGCCCCUGUUGAAGUGACUAAAGUCGUGAAUCCAUCCAAGGAAGACAUCGAAGCUUUGCAUGAAACAUUCUGUGCUGCCCUUGAACAACUUUUUGAGACACACAAAAGCAAAUACAUCGAGAAUUGCGAGGGCGUUAAGUUGGUAUUAGAAUAGAGCCAAUAAGUCAGGCAUCUAGUAAAGUUCACUCACUUUACCGUUAUUUAUUUAUAUUCAUUACAUUAAAGCUCUUUUCGUACAAUUAAUUUAAGCAUCCUGCUCGUAUAAUUUUCUAAAAGACAUUUGUUUAGGAAUGAAAUUGCAGUUAAAUGACUUGAUUCGAUAAGAUAGCUACAGAUUGAUCACUUAAGCUUAAGUAGUUUAUUGAACGAAUUUGUGAUUGAUUCCAACUGCUGCAAACUACCAUAUUUGUAACUGCAAACACCAACGAUUGCAGCUGCUGCAAAUGAGGAGCAGUACAGAACACGAGUCAAAAUCUGCAAAUAGAAAUUGUAUAAUUAAAACCAGAUAUUUUUGGAAACUUUUCAACGGACACAGUAUGAAAUUGUUUGCUGUCAAUAUAACACAAUUACAUUACGACAUAUGUCUUUCAAGAAAAAUAUU